AUGUCAGAGUCGUCUGGAAGCCCAUUACCAACUGAAAAGGAAGAGCCGGCAAGUCCGCACUCCUCCUCUUCAGAAUUUAAAACGAGCACUGUCUUUGUCAACCAAUUUCAAACCGAGGCUAUUCCAGCUGUGAAACAAGAAGCCACGCCAAAAGGUCCUGCUCGUCGGACGAGCAAGCGGCCCGGCGGACGGGCUCGCGGAACCCAUUUGACACAGGACAAGGCGGAAAAAGUCAAAGAGCUCCGAGACAUCGGAUCCUGCUGGCUAUGUGCGAUCCAAAGAGACGAAUGCACCCCGGGGAGCCCCUGUGACCGAUGCUACAAGCGUGCCCUGCGCCCGCAAGCAGACUUGAUAUUGGGAUGUGACCGGACAAAGCUCCCUGAUCUCAAGGACUAUUUCAUCCCGGAUGUAAUCACGUCGAUGCAUGAUACGAAUACGUUGAAGAAUUUCGUGAAUCGACAUAUCCGCCGCUUCACCGGGAAUACCAUACGGAUCAAGUUUACGUUUAUCUACGGCUUGCCUGGCCUAGACCAUGAUGUUGUGGAGUUUGAACCGAAGACGAAUGAGCUGCUGCGACAGUUUCAGUACAUAAUCGACCCGGCUACGGGCCGGCAGGAUCGAGUGGAAAAGGCAUCGCCUCCGCUUGGGAUCACGAAAUUUGAUAACGAGGACACGAAGAUAUGGGAAAAGUAUCUGAAUGAUCUGGUGGAGCACCAUCUGGAUGGCUUUGCGGAAAUAUGUUUUGAGGAUGAGCCUAAUGAUUUCCAAUUCCGACUGCUGAAGCUAAUGUGCAAUUUGAAGCCCGAGGAUAAGAACGAGAAACUGCUCCUUCGAGAGAUGUUCCGAUUGCUCAUGGUCACUUACAUCAUGGGACAUACCGUGACCAUCCCCGACGCAUCACGCGAGCAAUAUCUCUCCAAGCUCAAGAAUUUCCGGAGCGCCCCGUACGGCCGCGACUGCUCUCCCCGCAUGGCCAACCGGCAAUUCAAAUAUUUUUUCCUCACACUGCACAAGGAGAUCAUGAACUCGGUCCUCCGCAAACUGCAGUUCCUCAUCCGUAGCAGCAAAGGGUGCACCAAAUGGACGUCCGCCUUCUGUACGAUCCUGGGGCUCGCCAUGGUCCUGGAAGAUCAGCAGCGGACGAUCCACCUAGUCACUGAUACGGAUUUUGCGCAAGGCAAGAUCACCGCGGAGCGAGCGGCCCGGCAAGCGGAGGAUACGUGUCGCGUGAUCGACGACCAGUUCCUGUUCCUGGCGAGUCUCUUCCGAUGGAAAUAUAACCGACAAUUCAACCCGCUUCGGGAUGGGGUGGAUAAGAAGAACGAGAAGAUAUUUGGGCCGCGAGCGAUGCUGUUCAUCAACGAGGUCGACAAUUUGGUGCGCGAGAAAUGUGAGUGCUUGCCUUGCGUGAUCCGGCUUCCAUGGAACGUUUAUUGA